AGUCAUGUCGUCCGUCUCCGUCCCCGCCAACCAAAAUGUCUCCUGAAACCGUUCGUGGCUUCGCAGCGACACGUGUUUGGACCAGGAUCCGUCCAAUGUUCCUCCUCGGAUCUUAGCGGGCCGGGGGGCCGAGCCAAAUCAUCGGUCACAUGCAUCCAGAAAUGUUCAAGGUAGGCUUAAAGAACUUGCUUAAACUUUGAUUAUGGAUGACGACCCACAGCCGAAUCUCAAUUGGAGAUAGCCGCGCGCAAUGCAAACUUUUUACGCACGAUUUACGCGCAUGUCUCAUGCUGGAAUUUAACACAUAUGAUUUGAUAUUUUAGAAACUUCGUAAACCAAUCUGUUGGCUAUUUUUAAGUUGCUUAAGUAUUUCUUAUUGCUUGGUCACAUAUAGGGUCGUGAUCUCCAACUGGCCAAACAAAAGUGUUGCAUGAACAUUUCAAGAUUAGCCAAUAUAUCUGUCAGUGUUAGUAUAGGUUGUUACUACCAGUUGUACAUUACAGUGUUGAAGCAAAUGGACCUAAUCAUUGCAUGAUAAUCUUGGUCCUAAUAAUCACUGAUUACCACAUAAUCUUGGUCCUAAUAAUCACUGAUUACCACAUAAUCUUGGUCCUAAUAAUCACUAAUUACCACAUAAUCUUGGUCCUAAUCAUCACUGAUUACCACAUAAUCUUGGUCCUAAUCAUCACUGAUUACCACAUAAUCUUGGUCCUAAUAAUCACUAAUUACCACAUAAUCUUGGUCCUAAUAAUCACUGAUUACCACAUAAUCUUGGUCCUAAUAUUCACUGAUUACCACAUAAUCUUGGUCCUAAUAAUCACUAAUUACCACAUAAUCUUGGUCCUAAUCAUCACUAAUUACCACAUAAUCUUGGUCCUAAUCAUCACUAAUUACCACAUAAUCUUGGUCCUAAUCAUCACUGAUUACCACAUAAUCUUGGUCCUAAUAAUCACUAAUUACCACAUAAUCUUGGUCCUAAUAUUCACUAAUUACCACAUAAUCUUGGUCCUAAUAUUCACUGAUUACCACAUAAUCUUGGUCCUAAUAAUCACUAAUUACCACAUAAUCUUGGUCCUAAUCAUCACUGAUUACCACAUAAUCUUGGUCCUAAUCAUCACUGAUUACCACAUAAUCUUUUGUCCUAAUCAUCACUGAUUACCACAUAAUCUUGGUCCUAAUCAUCACUGAUUACCACAUAAUCUUGGUCCUAAUCAUCACUGAUUACCACAUAAUCUUGGUCCUAAUCAUCACUGAUUACCACAUAAUCUUUUGUCCUAAUCAUCACUGAUUACCACAUAAUCUUUUGUCCUAAUAAUGUCACUGUCGAUGUACUGUAUUCGUUUCUAGAUAAUGAGUGACAUCAAGAGCGGGAUCCAGUACGCCUUCCAGACCCAGAACAACAUGGAGUGUGCCAUUCUUCAACGCCGUCGAGCCAGGGGGAGGGGGUUCUCACUGCAGUCAAUGGGAUCUGGGGAGAACGGGCAGCGGAGAUGGCAGAGAGGAUGGGGUACUUGAUUAGCACGGGUUGUGUCCCAAAUGUCACCCCUAUUAUUCUGUAUUUAGUGCACUACUUAUAACCAGGACCCAGUGGACAGGGGACAGUGGACUGACACAAAUAUGACCCAAUGGACAAAAAAACUGGUCGAAAUGACAAAACUGGUUGAAAUGACGUUCUGAUUACGUCAUUACAACCACAUUUAUCUGCUGGGGAUGUUCACUUUGACCAGUUUCUGAUUUACAUACUCGUAACAUCUAUUUGUUUUCAACACAACAGGGGCCAGAGUUAAUACACUUGUGACAUCUGCGGGGGGGGGGGGGGGGGGGUUACUUCACCAAUGAAGAAAUCAAAUCGGGUAAUGACACAAAUGUCAUUUGGUAGAGAUACCAAAUUGCUGCUAUCCGACAGACCAUGUGUGCGUCCCAAAAUGGCACCCUGUUCCCUAUGUAGUGCACUACUUCCGACCAGGGCCCAUCUCUUUCUGUGCAUCAAGACUGGUAUUUCUGAUCUGUCAUGUCACCGUUUUGCCCCCCAGGCCCUGGCCAAACACAAGCCUGUACGGUUCUUCCCAACCCAUGGAAAAUCCUCCACAGGAGUAGUUCAUCCACUAGAUGGCAGUGGAGACAUAUGUCACGAGUAAGAGCCCCUAUCCACCUCUUCAGCUACCAUUUCAAUGUAAAUGGUUAUAAAAACCCAACAGACAACACACAGCAUAAAGUUACAGCAUCGGGCAUAUUGCAGAAAGUAACACCUCUCUUUACUUUCUGCAAGGCACAACUGUCUGUUUCUCGUUGACUGUGUGGCUUCAAUGGGAGGUGCACCACUUUACAUGGACAAACGAGGUAUGAUGUUGUAGUGACCCUGUUGGAUAUAGUACAGGGACCCUGUAGGUAUAACAGAUAGUACAGGGACCUGCAGGUAUAACAGAUAGUACAGGGACCCUGUAGGUAUAACAGAUAGUACAGGGACCCUGUAGGUAUAACAGAUAGUACAGGGACCUGUAGGUAUAACAGAUAGUACAGGGACCCUGUAGGUAUAACAGAUAGUACAGGGACCCUGUAGGUAUAACAGAUAGUACAGGGACCCUGUAGGUAUAACAGAUAGUACAGGGACCUGUAGGUAUAACAGAUAGUACAGGGACCUGUAGGUAUAACAGAUAGUACAGGGACCUGUAGGUAUAACAGAUAGUACAGGGACCCUGUAGGUAUAACAGAUAGUACAGGGACCUGUAGGUAUAACAGAUAGUACAGGGACCCUGUAGGUAUAACAGAUAGUACAGGGACCUGUAGGUAUAACAGAUAGUACAGGGACCUGUAGGUAUAACAGAUAGUACAGGGACCUGUAGGUAUAACAGAUAGUACAGGGACCUGUAGGUAUAACAGAUAGUACAGGGACCUGUAGGUAUAACAGAUAACAGAUGGAUGAGCAAAGAUGACAUCAGUGUUACAGAGCCACCCGUUGCUCCGGGAUACACAGACAGGUUUACACCACCUAGUUGAAGGCCCUGGGGGAAGGUUUGCCUCUGUAUUCAUGUGAUUACUAUGUUGAUGCUUAAUAGGAAGCUAGUACUUUGGAAGAUUGAGAUGCACCGUGACCCUGCAUAUAACUUCGCUACACACUAUGUGAAAAUAUCAUUACUACUAGUUUAAUUCAUUUUACUACCAUAAGAGCUUACAGAUUUUAAGGUUGAAACUUAACAAGUGUUGGUUCCUUGUGUUUUCUUCAGGUAUCGACAUCCUGUACACUGGCUCACAGAAGGUCCUGAAUGCCCCACCUGGGACCACCUCCAUCUCCUUCAGUGAAAGAGCAUGGUAAGCGAGUUUUUCUACUCUGUAACUUCAGAAGUGAAUCGUAAAAGGAAGACAUAUUGGUUUAAAUGUAUUACACAGUACAAACAUUACCAGGUAUUUACUAAGCAAUUACAUGUUAAAAUGGUAAUUACACAGUAAUAAUACCUUACGAAUGGUAAUUACACAGUAACAAUCCCUUAUGAAUGGUAAUUACACAGUAACAAUACCUUACGAAUGGUAAUUACACAGUAAUAAUACCUUAUGAAUGGCUUGCUUCUAAGAGCACGUGUCGUUUUCUACUUCCUAUCCAGCCAGAAAGUUUUCAACCGGAAAACAAAGCGUAUUUCUUUCUGGACAUGACCUGGCUGCCAAACUACUGGGAUGUCAAGUCCUCCUCUUGUUCACCAUCCAAAAGCUGCGGGUGCACUCUGGGAAGUGUAGUUCUUUGACUCACUCCUGAGAUUCAGCUCAACAGUAUUUCUUUCUGGACAUGACCUGGCUGCCAAACUACUGGGGGUGUGAGGACAAGCCCGCUGGGAUGUGAGACUCCCAUAACGUGUUACAUCACAACCUUUCAUCAAACACGUCAUCUAACACCACAUUCAAUGAUAACAUAUCAGACAUUAUCUACCUUUAAAAACACAUUUUAACAGUUUGAGAUUAUAUCCAUCUGUGAAUGUCAAGUUAAGCAGAAAGUCUCUUCAGUGGUUUUAGAAUGUUGUUUAAUUUUCUAGACAUUCAGUUACAUAGCAUUGUUUAAUGCUAACAUGUCUGCUAUAGAAUUGUGUAGUGUCGUGUUUAAAUGCAUCAUAAUGCAGAAACGUUUGACCUGUUGUUCCUGUGUGCAGAUACCUCCACACUGUGCCUGUGGUGUGUGCAUAUGUAUUCACCCCCUUUGCUAUGAAGCCCCUAAAUAAGAUCUGGUGCAACCAAUUACCUUCAGAAGUCACAUAAUUAGUUAAAUAAAGUCCACCUGUGUGCAAUCUACGUGUCACAUGAUCUGUCACAUGAUCUCAGUAUAUAUACACACCUGUUCUGAAAGGCCCCAGAGUCUGCAACACCACUAAGCAAGGGGCACCACCAAGCAAGCGGCACCAUGAAGACCAAGGAGCUCUCCAAACAGGUCAGGGACAAAGUUGUGGAGAAGUACAGAUCAGGGUUGGGUUAUAAAAAAAUAUCAGAAACUUUGAACAUCCCACGGAGCACCAUUAAAUCCAUUAUAAAAAAAUUGAAAGAAUAUGGCACCACAACAAAUCUGCCAAGAGAGGACCGCCCACCAAAACUCACGGACCAGGCAAGGAGGGCAUUAAUCAGAGAGGCAACAAAGAGACCAAAGAUAACCCUGAAGGAGCUGCAAAGCGCCACAGCAGAGAUUGGUGUAUCUGUCCAUAGGACCACUUUAAGCCGUACACUCCACAGAGCUGGGCUUUACGGAAGAGUGGCCAGAAAAAAGCCAUUGCUUAAAGAAAAAAAUAAGUAAACACGUUUGGUGUUCGCCAAAAGCCAUGUGGGACACUCCCCAAACAUAUGGAAGAACGUACUCUGGUCAGAUGAGACUAAAAUUGAGCUUUUUGGCCAUCAAGGAAAACGCUAUGUCUGGCGCAAACCCAACACCUCUCAUCACCCCGAGAACACCAUCCCCACAGUGAAGCAUGGUGGUGGCAGCAUCAUGCUAUAGGGAUGUUUUCCAUCGGCAGGGACUGGGAAACUGGUCAGAAUUGAAUGAAUGAUAGAUGGCGCUAAAUAAAGGAAAAUUCUUGAGGGAAAUCUGUUUCAGUCUUCCAGAGAUUUGAGACUGGGACGGAGGUUCACCUUCCAGCAGGACAAUGACCCUAAGCAUACUACUAAAGCAACACUCGAGUGGUUUAAGCGGAAACAUUUAAAUGUCUUGGAAUGGCCUAGUCAAAGCCCAGACCUCAAUCCAAUUGAGAAUCUGUGGUAUGACUUAAAGAUUGCUGUACACCAGGGGAACCCAUCCAACUUGAAGGAGCUGGAGCAGUUUUGGCUUGAAGAAUGGGCAAAAAUCCCAGUGGCUAGAUGUGCCCAGCUUAUAGAGACAUACCCCAUGAGACUUGCAGCUGUAAUUGCUGCAAAAGGUGUCUCUACAAAGUUUAGACUUUUUUUUUUUGGGGGGGGGGUGAAUACUUAUGCAUGCUCACGUUUUCAGUUUUUUGGUCUUAUUUCUUGUUUGUUUCACAAUAAAAAAUAUUUUGCAUCUUCAAAGUGGUAGGCAUGUUGUGUAAAUCAAAUGAUACAAACCCCCAAAAAAUCAAUUUUAAUUCCAGGUUGUAAGGCAACAAAAUAGGAAGAAUGUCAAGGGGGGUGAAUACUUUCGCAAGCCACUGUACACUGAGUUUCCAUGGCCACUCUACACUGAGUUUACAUGACAUAGACUGGCCAGGUGAAUCCAGGUGAAAGCUAUGAUCCCUUAUUGAUGUCACUUGAUAAAUCCACUUCAAUCAGUGUAGAUGAAGGGGAGGAAACAGGUUAAAGAAGGAUUUUUAAGCCUUGAGGCAAUUGAGACAUGGAUUGUGUAUGUGUGCGACUCAGAGGGUGAAUGGGCAAGACAAAAUAUUUAAGUACCUUUGAACGGGGUAUGGUAGUAGGUGCCAGGCGCACCGGUUUGUGUCAAGAACUGCAACGCUGCUGGGUUUUUCAUGCUCAACAGUUUCCCUUGUGUAUCAAGAAUGGUCCACCACUCAGAGGACAUCCAGCCAACUUGACACAACUGUGGGAAACAUUGGAGUCAACAUAGGCCAGCAGCCCUAUGGAACGCUUUCGACACCUUGUAGAGUCCAUGCCCCAACAAAUUGGGGGUGCAACUCAAUAUUAGGAAGAUGUUCCUAGUGUUUGUAUACUCAGUGUACAGUAGAACCAUAUAACUCUGUGUACAGUCUAGCAAUUUUCUGUGCAUUAACAACAUAACAAUCAGAUACAGUAAACAUGAGUCUUGAUGAUCCAUGGCAGAACGCCAGGUUGCCCAGAGUGACUUCUAUAGUACCUCCUCUUGGAUAUGACUGGAAGGAGAUCACCAGCUACAUCAUGAAGAACCACAGCCUAGACAUCUCUGGAGGGCUGGGACCAUCCGUUGGCCAG